UGGUGGUGCACUUUCUGAAAAACCAACAAAGCUCAAGCGACAACAGUCAAUCAGGAUGAUCAUUUUAUGGAUAACACUGCUUCUUCUCCAUCAGGGAUAUGCACUGAUCUCAGUGAUCACAGUUCAACUUGGCAAACCUGCAACCUUCACAUGUGUUUUACCUGAUUCGGAGUAUAGCAAUACACGAGUCAAGUGGUACAAACAGAGUUUUGGUGAUACUCUUACAUUAAUUGCUACGCUGAUGAAAGGCACUGCAAAUCCCAUUUUUGAACAAGGAUUUCCUCCCUCACGAUUUAAUGCAAACCAUACUACAACCAAGAGCUCUCUGACCAUUUUGAAGACAAUCCAAGAAGAUGAGGCAUUGUUUCACUGUGCAUUCUCUUCCUGGAGUAGGGAUCAGUUUAGUGGCACAUAUCUGUUUUUAAAAGGAAACACUCAGAGGACAUCAAACAAUACUGUUGUUCAGCAGCCGACAGUAUCUGAUCCAGUUCAUCCAGGAGACUCUGUCACUCUCCAGUGUUCAGUCCUCUCCGACUCUGAGAAGAAGUCCUGUCCAGGUGAACACAGUGUGCACUGGUUUGGAGUUCGAUCACAUAAAUCUCAUCCACACAUCAUCUACACUGAUGAAAAUGGACAUGAUGGAUGUGACAAGAUAUCUGACACUCAGAAGAGUUGUGUUUAUCGCUUCUCCAAGAACGUCAGCUCCUCUGAUGCCUGGACUUACUACUGUGCUGUAGCCACAUGUGGAGAGAUAUUAUUUGGAGAUGGAACAAAACUGGACAUUGAAGGAACAGGAGCGUGGUCUUUUGGUAUUAUACAGACAGACAAUACAUUUCUACUUCUGCUGUGUGCCGUCUUGUCUAUAAGUGUGAUCGUUAUAGCCGUCCUUAUUUACGCAAAUCACACGCAAAAGUGUGGUUAUUGCAAUAAUAAAGCUUCUGUUUCCCUGCAAGAAAAUGUUGCAAAAAGAAAUUUAAGGAGAGAUGAAGACGCAUGGAUUUAUUCUGCUGUCGUUUUUACUGUGAUGAAAACUGGCAGUGGUGGAACGAGGGAUGCAAAAGCAGCAGAGAGAGAGAGGAUCUACACCGCAGUCAAGGCUUUUGGGUUGGAUUAGCAUGGAUUAGUGGACUGUUUGUGGCUGUUGAUGUUUUUCUGUUAAAGCUAAGGUCUUUUAUUAUAUGUGGAUGUUAGGUAAUACUGUGCAUAUGAUGGAUUUCUUGACUUAAUGUUUAGUUCUUAUGCUUACGUGCAAAAGUAGUCAAUUGAAUUAAAACAAUGCAUUUUGUUCCAUUUAUGUAACGACUAUAAAUGCUGUAAAACAGUGCAUUGCAUCCAUUUAUACUGCAAUCACACUUUCUGUAUUUUUCAACUAGGUUUCCUCUGAAAACAUUAAUUUAACGUAAAUAUUUCUAAAAAGAUCUAAGUUCUACCAAACUUUGUAAGUAAUUCUGAAUAUGAUGUGGAUCUAAUGUAACGUGUAAUGUGACUGUGAUUUAAGUCACAACUGGAAAGUUCUAUUGUUUUCAUCAUUAAGAGUGGAAGGCAGAGUUAUGGUGCUGGUUAAUGAACUGUAUGACAGGAUAUGCUGCUGCAGUCAUAAUGAAAGAACCAAAAAGUUUGGCCUGUGAUGUCAUUAUGCAGCUAGAGACCACAAUGCAGGAAGCUUUUAUAUUUUGUCUGUGUAGGUACAUUAAAGGUGGAUAAAGUGUCA